CCUUCCUGCCAAAUCUGGGACCAUGUCUGGAGCCUAUGAUGAAUCCGCCCUCCAGGAGGAGACCACAGACAGUUUCUGGGAGGUUGGGAACUACAAACGUACAGUGAAACGGAUCGACGAUGGUCACCGGCUCUGCAACGACCUGAUGAACUGCAUCCAGGAGCGCGCCAAGAUUGAGAAAGCCUACGCACAGCAACUGACCGAGUGGUCUAAGAGAUGGAGACAGCUGGUAGAAAAAGGGCCUCAGUAUGGCACUGUAGAACGAGCCUGGAUGGCAGUGAUGACAGAGGCAGAAAAGGUGAGCGAGCUUCACCAGGAAGUAAAGAACAAUCUGAUCGCUGAGGACUUUGAGAAGGUGAAGAACUGGCAGAAAGACUCGUACCACAAACAGAUGAUGGGAGGAUUCAAGGAAACCAAAGAGGCAGACGAGGGCUUCAGAAAAGCCCAGAAACCCUGGGCCAAAAAGCUAAAAGAGCUUGAGGCUGCCAAGAAGUCGUACCACAUGGCCUGCAAAGAGGAGAGGCUGGCGUCCGCCAGAGAGGCCAGCGGCAAAGGAGAGGCUUCUGUGACAGCGGAUCAGCAGAAGAAACUGCAUGAGAAAGUGGACAAGUGCAAACAGGAUUCAGAGAAGGCAAAGGAGAAGUAUGAGAAAGCACUGGAUGAGCUGAGUAAGUGCACCCCACCUUACAUGGAAAACAUGGAGCAUGUCUUCGACCAGUGCCAGCAGUUUGAAGAGAAGAGGCUGAGCUUCCUCAGGGAGGUGCUACUGGACGUCAAACGCCACCUCAACCUCACAGAGAACCAAAGCUAUGCUACAGUAUACAGAGAACUUGAACACACCAUCAUGUCAGCCAGCCCGCGAGAGGAUCUUAAGUGGUUCAGCAACACAAAUGGUCCCAGCAUGCAUAUGAACUGGCCACAGUUUGAGGAGUACAACCCAGACCUUACCCAUAACUUUUAUAAGAAAGAUAAGUCAAAGAAAGGCGGCGAUGGAGUCAUGCUGACCAGUGUCACAGCAGCAGACCAGACUCUAGCUGGAGACCAGGGAAGUGUCAGCAGUUAUGAAAAGAACCAGGCAUACCCGGCCUCCACAGAGUGGUCGGAUGAGGACCAGACGGCGCCGAACUCAGGCAACGACACCAAUGGAGGGACGAAUCCCUUCGAUGAAGAUGUGGGCAAAGGCGUGAGAGUGAGAGCGCUGUACGACUACGACGGCCAAGAGCAGGACGAACUCAGCUUCAGGGCAGGGGAUGAGCUGACGAAGCUGGAGGACGAGGAUGAACAGGGCUGGUGUAAAGGUCGUCUAGACAGCGGCCAGCUGGGUCUGUACCCGGCCAAUUACGUGGAACCGAUCUAACUGUUGCAGCUGAGGACACUUGUCUUGUCGGAGGGCAAACCCAGACUGAACAGUCCAGUCAUAACUACACAUUGCCAGAGACUUCAAAGCAAAGCUUCCUCUCUUGUCGGGCACAGUGAGCCGUCUUCAUCUCAGCACUAAUCACAGACAAGACUGUACUGAAACAAGGUCACCUUGCGAUACUGCAACUGAAGCAAAACGUUUUAGUCUCUUUUGUGUGUAGCUGUGUUUGAUUUCAGUUGUGAUGCUAACAUGCCAUACAGUAUGUUCUCUGGUCAUAAUAUUGAUAUGGUAUCAUCAGUCAUGCCAGGUUAGCAAGAAUGAGCAAUGAACUGUGCAUUUCAUGUAUAUAUUUUAAUCAUUUUUUUUACAGUCUUGAUGCCUGUACAGUUUUAUUCCUCAUUGAAUACAGUGUUUUCUUUUUUCUGUGAAAUAUUUACAUGUUUAGAUUUAAGGGAAUCAUUCAGGAUUUUUGGAAAAGUACUUAUUUGCUUUCUUCCUAAGAGUUAGAGGAGAAGUUUGAUUCCACUCCCACAUCUGUAAAGUAAAUGUGAAGGUACAGCCAGGGGUAUGUUAGCUUAACGUAGCAUAUAGACUGGAAACAGGAGGCAGGAGUUAGCCUGGCUCUGUCUGAGGGUAACAAAAUCCACCAACCAACACUCCUAAAACCAGUUAUUAAAAAGUUUUAUCUCCUUUGUUUAAUGCAGAGAGAAAGGCACAAGACAAAGAUUCUGUGUCACCAGGUGCAGAGGUCCGGUGCAUGCCAGCGUUUUAAAAACAGCAGGAAGUUAAUUAUUGCAGUGUGGCCCUCUUGACAACACAGUGGCUGUGACACACAUGGAGGCAAUAAAGGUACUUGAAGUAGCAAAAUAAAGCAAUUUUUUUAAACCAGCAUUAUUGCAGCCUUUAAAUACAAGAACUAAACCAGUAAUAAGUUAUUUAUGGUAAUUGUAACUACAGUGUUUGAGGUCUUUAUCGACCUCAGAGGCCCAGCUGAAAACUAGCAUUCAGGGCCCCAAGCUGCUGCUCUACAAAUAAAGAUUAUUACAGUAUUACUGAGAGGGGUUGGAGGAUGGAAGUGGGGCCACUUUGACAUAGAUGUCUCAUUUUCAUUUGAGGGGGCCUUACGGAGUUAGUCAUACAAACUCCUGGUAAUCUGUAGAACACUGAAGUGGAUAACCUACACAUACGUAGUAUGUGCUGAUGUAUUUUAAUGCAUUAGCUCAUAUUUAUUGAAGGUUUUUUUUAUGUUUCAUCAACUACCUGAGCACCUGGAACAGCAUUUUUAUGGAUAAGGGCAUAUUUACAGUAUUUUCUCUUUAAAAUGAUAUGUUUUCUCCAGUGGUUUUGCCCUCCAUUAGCACCAAUGCUUGUGGAGAACACCAGAAGCGUUCAUGUUUGGGUUCUUUUUUUCUGUUGGAGAAUCUAUAUUUCCCAGUUUUCAAAGUCAGUGCCCAUGGCUAAGAAAUACUUAUGGCACAAACCCUCCCCCACAAAACCUCUAUUUGUUAUUUUUGUAUGGCUUGUGAGGUUUAGAGACUGAGCCAGGCCGUUUCCGCCCGUCUCAUGUCUUCAUGCUAAGCUAAGCUAACCAGCUGCUGGCUGUAGCUUUGAUCAGUUUUUUUUUCAUCUAACUCCCUGCAAGAAAAAUAUUUAGUAAAAUGUUGAGCUAGAUUUGUUUUCCUGCUCCACUGCACACCAUGUCAUUGAAUUAGCAUUUUGAUAAAAGACUGCUCACCAUCAGUAAAAAAAACACACAGUCUCUCAGCAGAGCUUCUCUCUGAAAUGGAAAUAUAUGCUCUCCCAAACACAGCAAGAAUUGUGCAUGUUAACGUUCACUGUCCUGCCCAUUAACAACAAUGUUCCUGUUUUAAUUAUUAAAUUUCAAGUAGUUUUUUUGUCUCUACAUGCAUUAAUAAUGCAGAUCCCAAGAACAGAUCCUUCUGCAGCUGUUUUGGUGGAAGAUUAGCUUCAGUCAGAGUCAAGGUUUUCAUUUCUUACUUAAUUCCUGCAGUUAAUGAGACUUGUCUACUGUAUGAGUUAAUGUCAGUGACUCCGCACUAUCAGCUUCCAGCUCUUAUCGCUGUGAUUACAUGCAUGCCGACGUUCCCACACACUGUUUACCUCUCUGAUGUGAAUGAUCCAGUGCAUGGUCUUAAUUCGUUUCCACCAAAUUACUGAUCGAAAACUGAAUCGAAACUCUUAUCAGGAUGAUAAUGCCAUUGAUUUGAAUUGCAUAUCAUUGGCAAGCCAUUUAUUGUUUACCAAAAGCAGACUGUAAUGUAUUUAAGUGUUUUGUUUUAAUAAGGAAAACUAAGUCAAACCAAGAUUAGGAGUGCAUGUGGCAGUGCAGUACAUGUAAUAUGAGAUUGAUUUGUUACUCAUGGUAACCCCAGGGGUUGGCAAAUACUACACCCUCAUCCACGAGGAACGCAGGUGUUCUCUUACAGAUGCAGGCAGAGAAAGCUGCAACGAGAAAAGCAGAAACAGGAUCUGUCAGUGAAAUAUUGAUGAGACAUUUGUCUUCUCUGCUGCAAGAAAGAAGUUCAUUUCUACAGGAUCCAGGAAGGAAAUGUCUCUUUAUGGUAUUUAGUCUCCUGUGGGCUUUUUUUUUUUAAGUGUUGCUUCUUGUAUCUGAGUUCAAAGUGGUUAAAAAAGCCUUACUAAGAUCUACCACGCUGUCACAUUUGACAAAGUGAAAGAGAGCUUGCUUCCAGAGGAUCUUACUCCAGCUUUUUAGCUCACGUUUACACCAACACAGCACACAUAGGCCCUUUUUGUCUGAUUGAAGAUUUAAGUCCUAAUUGUCUUAGAGUAACAUCAUUGUAUUUGAAACUAAAUGGGACUGCUUAAUCAGUGUACUGCAAAAGUGUGUACAACUGCGACAUCUACUGUGAACCUCCUGUCAUAUGGUGAAGGAUGUCAGACCAUAUUUUUAAAGUACUCCAAUGCUCCUUUCUUUUCCAUCCUUUACUCAUGCUGAAAACAAUGAUCUUCAUUGUUGAGGAAAACAUUUUAGAGGACUAAGGGCUUUCUCUCUUUUUUUUUAAGCAUUUUGCUGUAAUUUCCAAACUGUAGUGCCUGUACAUGUGCAUAAGUAAAAAUAAAACAUGUCCUUGGAAAACUC